UAAAUUUCAUAAUUGCAUUUGUUCUUGCUUAUUCUUCUUAAGAAUAGUUUGUUUGAGCUUUCUCUGCAAAAGAUAAUAAUCAUGUCUUGCUGUGGAGGAAACUGUGGUUGUGGGGCAAACUGCGGUUGUGGCAGUGGGUGCAAAGGAUGUGGCAUGUAUCCUGAUAUUGAGAGAUCAGUUUCAAAGGAAAUUGGGUUGGGCAGUUCCGCUUCUGACAUGGGGUAUGUGGAUGGAAGUGUGACAGUUGCAGGAGAGAAUGGUUGCAAGUGUGGUGGCAGCUGCACCUGUGAUCCUUGCACCUGCAAAUGAUGACAUUCUCUACUACUUUACAGUUAGUAUAGGCUGCAUGAUGUUGUGCAAAGUAAGCAUGGAAUAUAUAUACUAUAAUAAGUUGCAGCUCCAUUUUAUGUUUUGUUAUGCCAGGUGUGACUUUGUAUUUAAGGGAAUGGAAAGUUCCUUGUUAAGUUCACAGUAUGGAUUUGCUAUGGUGUAACUUUCUACUUUGAAUGCAAAGAAUGGUUAUUGUAUA